GAACUUCAUAUGUAUCAGUUACUGAAACUCGUAGCAUAUCAACAAUGAACACUUUCUGCUUUGUCGCCUUCUUUGCCUUUGUGGCCGUUGCCAAUGCUGGUCACUUGGUUCUUCCUUCCGCAAGAAUCAUUCAGGGACCCAGCAGCAGAACCACCGUGGUUGGUCCAGAUGGAAGCGCCAUCUCAUCCGUAGCUCCAGGUGGACAAAUCAUUCAAGAAGAAAGUGUUGGAGUUGUUGCACACAGCGCACCUGUUGUAGCUGCCCCAGCUUUGUCUUAUUCUUCUGUACCUCUGGCCUACGCAGCUCAUUCUUCUCCUAUUGUGUCCGCUUACUCAUCUCCUCUAGUAUCUGGCGUUCCAGUUGUGUCAGCUUACUCUUCCCCUCUAUUAUCUGGAGUGGAAAACACCGUUGUAGUAGGACCUUCCGGUUCCAUCGUUUCGGGAAGAUCUGUAGGAGCUCCAGUGGUGUCAGCUUGGUAGAGUACAAUACGUGUUUAUUUUUCUAUCCAAAAUAUUUGUAAAUACAUAUAUGGAAAUAAA